AAAGAAAAAGGAGAGCAUAUUUGAGUUGUCCAAAUUUCUUGAUAAAAGAGUUCGAGUGAAAUUUCAAGGCGGAAGAGAAGGUAAGACAAAGUUAUUUAAAAAUCGAUGUACUUUCGUGUUCGCCGACACGCGGUAUGACUAUUAAAGAUACUAGAUAGAGUAACCUGUCGCUUGUAUAGUGUGUAUAGUGAUAAAUCUCCUUUUAUUCAGAAGCAGUGGCUUUUUAUUCGCAUUUUCAGUAUUCAUCAGUAAUUUCGUCCAUAUGUUAAGAAAGUGAUCAGAAUUUGAGCGACGCAUUGCGUUGCUGAACGUUACCCACAACUUAAUGGUAUAUUUACUUCUGUCUUCAGCUACAGGUGUUUUGAAAGGUUUUGAUGCCUUACUGAAUGUAGUGUUGGAUAAUACAACGGAAUGUUUAAGAGGUAAUAGAUUACAAAGAUAAUUUAUUUCCGAUUUAGUGCCCAGUUGUGGUACUACCAAUCUUCGAGGUAACAAGUCAACUUCGCACAUUCCUUGAAGGGCAUUUAUCGUCUAUUCUCUACAAAUUUACAUACACAGAGCUUGUCAUGGUCCUUACCGAGGGAAAAUUUUAAAAUGUUUGCUCACAAGAUUUUGUCAUUUUUACAGAUCCUGAUGACCCAUUCAAACUCACUGAUGAGACAAGGCAAUUGGGCCUGGCUGUGUGCAGAGGGACAGCUGUGGUUUUAAUUUGUCCUGUUGAUGGCAUGGAACCCAUAGCAAACCCAUUCUUGCAACAAGAAUGAACUUUUUGUCAGCAUCUUAAAAACAUUUUUGCCUGGUACCCAAAAAUCUGCUCUUUACCCACCUUUUGUGAGACAAUUUUUUCCUACUCUCUUUUUUAGGCAAAAUGUGAAGUUCAAGGAAAGUGCAGUAAGGGUUGUUUUGCCCAUGGAUCUUUUUUUAUGUAUGGGUGUCUACUCGCACAGCUUUGCAUGGACAUUAGAAGAAAGGUUGUAAGAUACUUUGGGAUUUCAUUCCAAUAUUCAGCAGGACAUCAAGAGUAGCCUUCUAUAUCUUGUAAGAAAAUAUAAAGAAAGUAAAGUCC